UUCCAUUUCCGCGUUCAAGCCACAAUUAAUAUGAGUCCCCUUUCUCCCCCGUUCUUUUCAUCCAGUGUGCCCUGUAAAGCUACCUAAGCUGCUUCUACUAUUUCCUCCUCUAAACCCAAACACAAACCCUUCAAGUAGGGAUCUUAGUUCGUUACUAAUAAUACUCUUCUAUAUACAUGACUUCAACCUCUUCUUUGGUGUCUGAUAUAUUUUUAAUUUCUGGCAUUGGAUUUAUGGUUUGGACUAUUUUUGCUGUUCCCUAUUUAAUUGCCAAGAUUGUGAGAAAAUUAAUUUGGUAUUUCGAUUGUCAGACAAGUUCUUGUCCGAACCUCGUUUUUUCCCGAGAGGCAUCCACCUCUUCUUCUUCAUCAAGAUCAAGAUCAUGCAAGUAUCAUGUGUUUCUGAAUUUCAGGGGUGAAGACACUCGCUCUGCAUUCAUUAGCCAUCUCUAUGCCGCUCUCACAAGGAACGGAAUCACUACCUACAUUGAUGACAACAACCUUCGCAAAGGUGAUGUUAUUUCACAUGAACUUCUCACAGCAAUUGAAGAGUCUAUGUUUGCAAUCAUUGUUCUCUCACCAAACUAUGCUUCCUCCACUUGGUGCUUGGACGACCUCCAAAAGAUUCUUGAAUGCAAACAUAAAUUGGGGCAACACAUCGAAGCAGUGUUCUACGGUGUGGAGCCUUCUGAUGUGAGGCACCAGAAUGGAACAUUCGGAGAAGCUUUCAGAAAACAUGAACACAGAUUCGGACAAAAAAGUGACAAAGUUAGAACAUGGAGACAUGCCUUAACACAAGUUGCCGAUUACUCUGGUUGGACCUCCAAAGAUCAGUAAGCUCACUAAUAAUCAUUGAUUUCAUCUGUUAUUGCUACAAAUUAUGUUAACUAAAUUAUUAGAACACCCUAACAAGGACGGAUCCAUAUAAACUUGUGGGCAAUUGCCCCAAUUAAAUUUUAAAAAAAGCAAAAUAAAUAUAUAUUAUAUAAAUUUAAAAUAAUAAUAAUAAUUACUAAUAAUAGUCU